CCCUCUCUUUUUCUCUCUCUCUCUCUCUCUCCGAAACAAAAUGGACAUUGAUUUCAAAGAAUAUCAGUUACGCUGUGAACUUCGUGGUCACGAAGACGACGUUCGAGGAAUAUGCGUGUGUGGCAACGAGGGCAUAGCGACGUCGUCUAGGGAUCAAACGGUUAGGUUCUGGUCAGUGGCGGACAAUCGCAAGUUUGAGUGUUCAAAGAUUCUGUUGGGGCAUUCGAGCUUUGUGGGACCCUUGGCAUGGAUUUCCCCGAACUCGGAGUUCCCACAUGGUGGUGUUGUGUCUGGCGGCAUGGAUGCUCUUGUGUUGGUAUGGGACUUGAACACCGGUGAGAAGGUUCAAACCCUCAAGGGCCAUCAAUUGCAGGUCACUGGCAUUGCAUGUGAUGAUGGAGAUAUUGUAUCAUCUUCUGUUGAUUGUACCUUGAGACGGUGGCGUAAUGGGCAAUCUAUAGAGAUGUGGGAUGCUCAUAAGGCACCAGUGCAAGCAGUUAUAAAGCUACCCUCAGGCGAGCUUGUUACUGGUUCAAGUGACACUACUUUAAAGCUUUGGAGAGGAAAAACUUGCUUACAUACUUUUGAAGGACAUGCAGACACAGUUCGAGGAUUGGCUGUGAUGUCUGGUCUUGGAAUCUUAUCUGCAUCCCAUGAUGGUUCUCUCAGAUUAUGGGCUGUAAGUGGUCAAGUGUUAAUGGAUAUGGUUGGCCAUACUUCAAUUGUUUAUUCAGUUGAUUCACAUGCAUCAGGACUUAUUGUCAGUGGUAGUGAAGACCGUUCUGCAAAAAUAUGGAAAGAUGGAGUUUGUGUUCAGAGUAUAGAGCAUCCCGGUUGUGUUUGGGAUACAAAAUUUAUGGAAAAUGGGGAUAUUGUGACAGCAUGUUCCGAUGGAAUUGUUCGUAUUUGGACCGUACAUCAGGAUAAUGUUGCUGAGCAGCAAGAGCUUGAUUUAUAUGCUUUGCAACUUUCUCAAUACAAGUCUAGUAGAAAGAGGGUUGGAGGAUUGAAAUUGGAAGAGUUACCAGGCUUGGAGGCACUGAAGAUCCCAGGAACUAGUGAUGGCCAGACAAAAGUAGUCAGAGAGGGGGAUAAUGGGGUGGCAUAUGCAUGGAACAUGACAGAACAGAAGUGGGAUAAAAUUGGUGAAGUUGUUGAUGGACCGGAGGAAUCAAGUCGCCCUUUCCUCGAUGGUGUUCAGUAUGAUCAUGUGUUUGAUGUGGAUAUUGGAGAUGGUAUGCCUAUCCGUAAGUUGCCGUACAACCGAUCAGAUAAUCCAUACGAUGCUGCUGACAAAUGGCUACUCAAGGAGAGUCUUCCUCUUUCCUACCGUGAGCAAAUUGUACAGUUCAUACUUCAAAAUACUGGACAAAAGGAUAUUACUUUUGAUGCUUCAUUUCGUGAUCCCUUUACUGGAUCCAAUGCUUACAUACCAGGACAACCUUCACGCACUUCUGAUAUUUCUGUGAAACCUACUUUCAAGCAUAUUCCUAAGAAAGGGAUGCUUGUUUUUGAUGCAGCUCAGUUUGAUGGGAUCCUUAAAAAGAUUACUGAGUUCAGUAGUGCUUUAGUAUCUGACCAGGAAAAGCAGAACUUGUCUUUGACCGAGCUUGAUGUUUCCAGACUGGGUGCUAUUGUUAAGACUCUGAAAGAUACUUCACAUUAUCAUUCUAGUAAAUUUGCAGACUCUGAUAUAGCCUUGUUACUGAAUUUGCUUCGGUCAUGGCCCAUUACAAUGAUAUUUCCUGUCAUUGAUAUUGUAAGGAUGACAGUUCUUCAUCCAGAUGGUGCUAUUGUACUUCACAAGCAUUUUGAAGCUGAAAACGACAUACUAAUGGAACUGAUUAAGAAAGUCACAAUAAAUCCGACAAUUCCUGCAAAUCUAUUGACCAGCAUUCGUGCCGUAACUAAUCUAUUUAAGAAUUCAUGCUACUGCAACUGGCUGCAGGAACAUCGUAGUGAGAUUCUUGAUGCUUUCUCAAGUUGUAGUUCAUCUCCAAACAAAAAUUUGCAGUUGUCCUACUCUACUUUGAUACUCAAUUAUGCUGUGCUAUUGAUUGAAUCGAAGGAUCAAGAAGGGCAAUCUCAAGUUUUAUCAGCUGCACUUCAGAUUGUUGAGGAUGAAAAUGUUGAAGAGGAUUCCAAAUUCCGUGCUUUGGUUGCUGUUGGAACACUGAUGCUUGAGGGUCUUGUUAAAAAAAUAGCACUGGACUUCGAUGUUUUGAGCAUUGCCAAAGCAGCUAAGGGUUCUAAGGUUGUCAAGAUUGCUGAAGUUGGAUCUGAUAUGGAGGUGUUAACAAAGCAGAGCUGAAUUCAAUACCUUUUGAGCAAUUAAUCUCUUCCGUUCCUUAAUAAAAUGAAGGAUUAUUGUUGUACUAAAAGGACGUUGGCAAACAAGACAUCUUUCUAUCUGAGGAUUGUGCGUUUGUUUUCCGAACGGCGAGCUGUUACAUUUAGGAUAUUCAUUCACAAUAUGACACAAUGGAAGUAGCCUCAGUAUUACAUGUCCCCUCACGCUUUCACCCCUCCUUUGAGAUGAUUAUUUUAUAACUUAAUAGAUGCCUCGCUAACCCAUGAGAUUUAUCAGAUACGUUGUUUAUAGCAAUGCAAUUCUAUUUCAUGACUAGGGAAACCGAAUU